UCAAAAUGGCGGUCGAUUUGACUCCGCGAUUCAGACGGUUGAACAGCCAAACUAGAAGUUUUCGGGAAAACAUACAGCACGGAUUUUCAGGCCCCUUUGGUGCCACCCAGCUGUGGCACAACAUCAUCCAGGCCCUGCAAACCCAGGUGGAGGUGCGCCGCUGUAGGCGCCACCUACGUGUUCAUGCCGAGUGUUUCACUGGCUCGGACGCCGUGGACGCUGUGCUCAGUUAUUUGAUGCAGAACGUGGUGUUUUGCGCGAGUGAAGUAUCUCGCCUCAAAGCUGCCCGACUCUGCCAGGCUCUGAUGGAGGCGAAGGUGUUUGAGCCAGUUGGCACAAAGCUGUUUUGUAGAGACAAGGAAGUGGCCUUUGAGGACAACAGCUCGAGCCUCUACCGCUUUCUGGAAUGUAAAGUGUUGCCUGGAUCUUCCGCGACGGACUGCAAUAGUGUGACAGAAAAUGUGCCGCCGGAGGAGUUUGGGAUUAAGAGACGGAAGAGCUCCAGGCUGAAUGAACUGAGAACGAUCUCCAAUCCACUUGCUGUCGGGCCGUCAGAUUCGAGGGUUGAGAGGCUGCUGAAGACCGUCAACCUGCGCCCGCGUGUUUCACCAGCUUCAAACGCAGCCGCGACUUCUUACGCCUUUCUAUCUAAAGCUGUCGUGGGUGAGGUUUGGAAGCAGCACACGCUGCUGCAGCUGCUGCAGAUCGUAGAGUUACCCAUGCUGGACUGCAUCCUGACCUCUCCUGCCCGAGUUCAGCCUCAGGCCUGUAGAGCUCUCCUGAACACCCAGGACCUGGUUUUCUCCAACAUGUGCCUGGAGAGAGAGCUGCCCGAUGCCCUUAACCUGCCCCAGUCAGUGCUGUUGGAUGGCUGGCUGUCGGCUGCAGCAGACUGCCUGGAGCUCUUCCCUGACCAGCUGAUUGUGUUUGCAGGGGAACAGCUCAGCCAACGCAGUGGUGCCUCUGUGGGGGAUGGAAAUGCAGAGCAGACGGCAAACCAAAAGAGACUUCUCUUUGACAUUAUUUCCAAGUAUUACAGUGGACAGGAGAAAGCCCCCCUUCUCUCAGGACGCUACCUAGAUAUCCAUGUGGCAAUCCUGAAUCUACUUGAUGGAGGAAAGGUGCAGGAUGCCAUUAAAGCCUCACAGUUGUGUUUGCGGCUACUGGAGCCAAACGUGAGGGAUGAGCUGCGGAGAUUAUUGGCCUUCAUGGCCAUAGCAGCUGACCCGGGUUCCUGUCGUCUGCAGAAACAAAUUGAAAACAGGGCCUUGGUCUGCCGCACGUUUCUCAAGGCAAUUGUGCAGAAUCAAGAGCUGAGUCGAUCCCAGAGUGAAACCCUGGCUCUUUUUCUCACGGACAACCACACCGAGCUCUUCAUGACCCCUGCAUCUCUCAUCGAAGCCGUGAGGAGAACGCUGGGGAACAUGCAGCAGGGAAGAGACCCCGAUUCACUUCCCAUGUUCACCUUCUGCCAGCAGGUGACUCCACAGGACUACGAGGACCAGUGUGAGGCAGCCACCCUGGAGAGCCUCAAACAGCUCCUUUGCGACGUUUCGUCCAGCGAGAGCGUGUCCGUCAAGCAGAGGAGGAAGCUGCUCAGAGAUUUUGAAAAGCACCACCCGGUGGUUUUCCUCCAGUAUUGCUCCAGCACCUUCUGAAAUGGGCGGCACACGGGUUUGAUUUUUCAGGUCAGGCUUCGAUUGGGUACAGCGCUUACACUGAGGCAUACUAAUAUUGCAAAGCACAACAUUAAAUGGUGGUUUUGUAAUUUGGGAUACUGUUAAACUGGUCCACUGCUAAUUCUUUUCAUCCAAUCCAGUGUGUAACAGAUAUAGAUGUAUAAUUUAAGUGACUGCCUGAAUGCAGCUGUCUCUACAAUACACAUACAUUGUGUUGCUGCAGCUUUAUUAUGUUUGAGAGACACUUUUUGUUGUAGUAAUUGGUUUAAACUGUAGUUGUGACUGGUUUUGCACUAGUUGGUCAACAAUUCAUCAUUAUCAUCAUCGGCGGCGAUACUAAACCCACUUGUUUAAAUGGGUUUUUUUGACCGGUGGGGAAGUAGGAAAUGGGUGGGAGGGAGAUGUUGACCUGGAGAAGCUGAAAUGGUUAGUUUUUGUUUGUUUUCUCUUGUACACUGGUGACACUGAUUUUUAAAAAAAAUUUUGGUUUGGAAUUUUUUGUUGAAAUGAAACGGUAUUAGAGCGGAAAGUCAUCUUCGCUCAAUUGAUUUUCCUGAAACCACUCUGUUUGGAGCACAGAUGGUGGAAUGAUGGAUGCCUUGCAGGUGUAUUUGCAUGAUCCAUUUGAGCUGUUUAAGGGUCAAUGGGUGCUUUGUUAAUGACUGCGUUUGUCAAAAGUGAUACUGUGCACUCAGCUUGGGCAUUAGUGUUUAAUCAAUUUGAUCAUUGAUCAGUAACGAUAUUCUAGCAGCCAUUUUGUUGUUGUUUUCAGUGGACUGUACUGUGUACUGUGUGCUGCUGAGAAAUCCCAACACUAAUGAAGCUAAAUGAAUUUUAAAUUUGUAGUGAGGAAACACAAACGUGUAAUUUACAAGUAAAUGUGUGUGUUAGGCAACUCAGGUUAAUAUGCACUAUUCUAAUUUCAUGGAUAUUUAACUGUAACUAACUGAAGCGGUGUAUGAUGUAACGUGAAAGGGGGGCACGAUUAAAACAAAAAGCCACUAUUUUAAAGGGACAAAACCUCAGUGAAUUUUAAUUAACGUACGUUAGAAUGCACUUUAUAAUGUAAAGAAUGCCUUAUUUUCUGGUCUAAUAAAAAUGCAUCGUGUCUUAAAACUAAAA